CAAAAAAGCCUUGAAAAGCAAUCAUUUCCCAUUUCUUUGCUCCUAUUUACUCAUACCCAUUUGAUAAUUCCAUCCAUUUUCGCAUUUCGAGGCACCACCAUCAUCAUCUUCUUCCGCCAUCCUCAAGGUGAAGCGAGCUUCAUCAUAAUGGCUCGCCCCACCUGGGUUUUCCUUCAGCUCUUCACCAUUUUCGCCUUUCUUCAUCUGGGUAUUGCUGUUUCAACUGAAAAUCCUCUUCGUCAACAAGAACUGGACAGGAUCGCUGAACUUCCAGGUCAGAACUUUGAGGUGAAGUUCGGUCACUAUUCUGGUUAUAUCACUGUCAAUGAAGAAUCUGGGAGAGCGCUGUUCUAUUGGUUUUUUGAGGCUACCGAGGACUCUGCCUCUAAACCUUUGGUUCUAUGGCUUAAUGGAGGACCUGGAUGUUCAUCAAUUGCUUAUGGCGAGGCAGAAGAAAUUGGCCCAUUUCACAUUAAUGCUGAUGGGAAACCUGUCUACUUGAAUCCUUAUUCUUGGAAUGAAGUUGCCAAUGUUUUAUUUCUCGAUUCCCCUGCUGGAGUUGGGUUUUCAUAUUCAAACACAUCUUCAGAUUUGAUGAACAACGGAGAUAAAAGGACAGCUGAGGAUUCUCUGGCUUUCUUAUUAAAGUGGUUCGAGCGCUUUCCUCAAUUCAAAGGAAGGGAUUUUUAUAUUACAGGAGAGAGCUAUGGGGGGCAUUAUGUUCCUCAGCUAAGCCAAGCUAUUGUAAGGAACAACCUUCUAUUCAAGGAAAAAUCCAUCAAUCUGAAGGGUUAUAUGGUGGGCAAUGCUCUUUUUGAUGAUCAUCAUGAUCAUGUGGGAGUUUUUGAAUUUUUGUGGUCCACCGGUUUGAUCUCUGAUCAAACAUACAAGCAGCUUAAUCUACUAUGUGCGAAUCAAUCUUUUGUACAUUCCUCAGCAUCUUGUGACGAGAUACUUGAGGUGGCUGAUAAAGAAAUCGGAAACAUUGACCAUUAUAGCAUCUUCACUCCUCCAUGCUCUGAGGCCUCUUCAAAUCGGCUGCGAAAGCGAAUGCAUAUGAUUGGACGUGUUGGUGAACGCUAUGAUCCUUGUACCGAGAAGCACUCGGUUGCAUACUUCAAUCUACCUGAAGUUCAACAGGCGCUUCAUGUUGAUCCCAAGUUCGCACCAUCUAAAUGGGAGACCUGCAGUUAUCUGAUUAACGGUAACUGGAAGGAUUCUGCUGGCUCAGUGCUUGACAUAUAUCGGGAGUUGAUACAAGCAGGACUUCGUAUUUGGGUGUUCAGUGGUGACACUGAUGCUGUACUCCCAAUCACAUCUACCCGUUACAGUGUCGAUGCCCUUAAGCUUCCAGUAAUUGGAUCUUGGCGUCCUUGGUAUGACGGUGGCCAGGUUGGAGGAUGGAUUCAGGAAUAUGAAGGGGUGACUCUUGUGUCUGUGAGAGGAGCAGGCCAUGAAGUCCCUCUGCACCAACCAAAACUGGCUCUUCAACUCAUCAAGUCCUUUCUAGCAGGAAACUCACUCUCACCCCUUCAACUCCACAGUGACACUUAGAAAACUUCAUAUCUCCUUUUCAGCUCUUUUUUAGUUUCAAUCACAAGGAACAAAAAAGUGCUCAUUGUUGGACUGUAAUUCUUAUUACCCAAGCCAUUGCUUGUUCAACAUGAACAUUGAUUCAAGUAAAAUAAAUAAAGAUGGCAUGGGAUUAGACAAUGUGAUUAUAGAUUGGGACGAUUUCUUUCUCAA